UGCAGGAGUCAGUUUACCUUUACGCACUAACCUGAGGCUGAAUGAUCUGUGAUUUGGGAAUAGACAACCAAUGCUGAGAAAGGACCCGUCCGCCGAUAUUUAAAAGGAGUGUCGAGCCCCCGUUUAAAAUACUUUUUGGAGUUUCUGACUGGAUUUACUAGCCCGAGCGUCAUGCCGUUGUUAUUCAUUCCUCUGAUGCGGAUGGCUGUGCAGUAGCUCUCAACAAGUACAAUUUAAAUCCAGAGCAGCAUACAAAAACGACUGCCUCUUUCAGUGCCAACAAAAUGCAGAAGCAAGUGGAGGUCAAGAUGGACGGGAGCCACCUUGAGCCCGUAGUGGAAACUCCUGAAAGCAUGUGUAGCAGCCUGUGUGAUAAAAUCAUGAAGAACAUGGUUCUCACUCUCACAAUCUUGGGUGUGUUUCUGGGCUCCAUCUCUGGAAUGCUGCUCCGGCACAUAUCGCCUCUCCCUCCCGAUGUCGUUUUGAUCAUCGCCUUCCCCGGAGAGAUCCUAAUGAGGAUGCUGAAGAUGCUCAUUUUGCCUCUUGUUGUUUCCAGUCUGGUCACAGGACUGGCGGGUUUGGAUGCCAAAUCCAGCGGCCGCCUGGGCACCAGGGCCAUGGUGUACUACAUGUCUACGACGGUCAUCGCCGCCGUCCUGGGAGUGAUCCUGGUGCUGGUCAUCCAUCCCGGUAACCCCAAGCUGAAGGCCAACCUGGGGCAGGGAAAGAAGAACGACGACGUGUCCAGCGUGGACGCUCUGUUCGAUCUCAUCCGAAAUCUAUUCCCAGAGAAUUUGGUGCAGGCCUGCUUUCAGCAGAUCCAAACAGUAACCACCAAAGUGCAAGUGCCCACUAACAGAACCAAAGCGCCCCCACAGUUCACGGUCAAGAGGUCGCUCCAGUUCAAGGGAGGCAUGAACGUCUUAGGUUUGAUUGGAUUCUUUGUCGCUUUUGGAGUAAUUAUGGGCAAAAUGGGGGAAAGGGCCAAGCUGAUGUUGGAGUUUUUCAACGUCCUGAAUGAGAUUGUUAUGAGGCUUGUUGGAGCAAUUAUGUGGUACUCCCCCUUUGGAAUCGCCUGCCUCAUCUGUGGAAAGAUCAUCUCCAUCGCGGACCUGGAGGUGGUGGCCAGGCAGCUGGGCAUGUACAUGGUCACCGUGAUAGUGGGCCUGAUCAUCCACGGAGGCAUCUUCCUUCCGCUCAUAUAUUUUGUGAUAGUAAAGCAAAACCCCUUCACCUUCUUCAUGGGGAUAUUCCAAGCUUGGGUCACGGCACUCGGAACAGCGUCCAGCGCCGGCACCUUGCCCGUCACAUUUCGAUGCUUGGAGGAGAACCUGGGCAUCGACAAGAGGGUCACCCGCUUCGUCCUCCCGGUCGGCGCCACCAUCAACAUGGACGGCACGGCGCUGUACGAGGCUGUCGCCGCCAUCUUCAUCGCCCAGAUGAACGGGAUUAACCUCGACUGGGGCCAGAUCAUCACGGUCAGCAUGACAGCCACUCUGGCCAGCGUUGGAGCGGCCAGUAUCCCCAGUGCUGGACUCGUGACCAUGCUCCUGAUCCUCACGGCGGUGGGGCUGCCCACUCAGGACAUCAGCCUCCUGGUCGCUGUCGACUGGCUGCUGGAUCGUUUCCGUACCUCCGUCAACGUGGUGGGGGACUCCUACGGAGCCGGCAUCGUGUACCACCUCUCCAAGCACGAGCUGGACUCCUUCGACCAGCAGGCCCGGAUGGAGGAUUUUGAGAUGGCAAAGACACAAUCCUUCUACGAAAAUAACAGCAACCAGAAUGCAUACGCUCACCACAACUCAGUCUUGAUAGACGACUGCAAGGUCACCAAUGGCAAAAUCGGCAACCCCGCAGGGUUCUCUCUUGUUGAGGAGGGACCGUGGAAAUGCGAGUAAGGCAGAUCCAGACGCUGCCCGCGCCUUACCCCGAGUUUUCCGACAGCUUUAACUUUCUGCCGACACAACUGUAGGAAGUGAACAAAAAGCGCACAUUUAAAAAAACAAACAAAAAUAAAACCCAUUCACAUAGAAACGAGGGAGCGAACCGGGGGGGGGGGGGGGAGCAAGCAGAGUCAACUGUACCACGAGAACGAGCGGUCGGACGGUCUUUUUCUUUUUCGGUUUCCCAUCCAGGGAGCUGCUGGAGCAUGCGACAGAUGACUCCGCGAACUUGUGUUUAGAUCUUUGCAUUUGCACUAGACACAAACUAACGAACUGGUGCAUUUUCGAGCGCUUUGUGCAGAAGAAUACAUCACGCGGUUGACUGCACCCAGGGCCUUACUUGGUGCCGCUGUCAACGAAAGACUUCUUCGAUCCUCGUGCAACAUUUCAUUUUUAUUUUGUAUUGAGCGUUGUCUUUGUAGCUUAGAGGGCAGAGGUGAUACGUGGACGACGUCCUUUGUUGUUCGAUGCAAGUUCAGAGCGAGAAAAAAAAAGUUGGUGUAAAUGACUCCGGACUGUUGAAGAGCAGCAGAUCAGUACUCGACCAGACGGUUGUUAUCGUCACUGUCUAUUUGCGUAUUGUGGGACUACGCCCAGGAACACUGGACCAAGAGCUCCACACACUGCAAACUGGCCAAAUGAAAACGGAACAGGAACAGGAUGACAUAUCGCUCGGUGUGGCGUUGCGAUGCGUGUGACGCUUAAACACUGUGUUACCUUUUGACUGUUUGACUUAACGGGAUUACACGGUGAUGUCACACACACAUGGCCAAGCCUAAGAAGCAAAGCUUAGGGCUAAGACCAUAAGAGCAGGAAGGGUGACCUCUAAACGUGGCAAUCAACCAGCACAGGAUGUGUCGCGGGGAGCUUUAAAGCAGAAAAUAGAGUAAGUGAACGCUGCCCUCACAGCUAUUUCUUCGUCGAUUUAUUACUUUUUGUACACGUGUUCGGUAGGAGCAAUGCACUACGUUUCUGCAGUCAAAAUGCAUGCCUGUGUGCUGGAGUGUGCCGUGUACUCAAUGUGUGUUUCUGAGAGCAAGGGGAAGAUUAACGAGGAAAGGAAGAUGAAGGUUCGACGGUGGGGAAACAAAAGAUCAGCAGGCCGGUGGGUUGCUCUGUGUUUUAUUUCAUUUUUUUUUUUUCGUUGCUACGUGACAACCUUGCCUUGACGAUGUCAACUGCAGAGUGCAGUCAGUGUGAUGACCAGCACAGCUCUCUUAGAGGUAUUCAUUUUAUUUGAAUAUUGGGACUCAUAUUUUUAGACUUUAAAACGAGUUUGGUAGAAGAAAACGCUCCUCCGCGUCCCGGGUUCACCUCUCCAGCGUCCCUCUCAACAUAUCACUUAGUUUUCCAUGUGAGCUCCCUGCAGGUUCCACGCAGCAGAUUUAGACACAAAGCGACAAGCUAGGAUUAUCCGCGGUCGAGUUUAGCAGGUGCGCACUAGAUUCUGCCUCCAGCCGUAACAACAAGGUCACUGGACGUGGCCGAAUAUGUGCACGAUUUUGGGUUUAACUCAGUGUGGCAACUGUGUUCAAAACCGAAGGGAGAACGGGAUUAUUUAUUUGUCCUUUUUUAUAAGCGACAGCUUAUGUAAUCAUGUUUAAAGUGCCUCCUUGCACUUUGUGUAUAUACUGUCUUUAGAUAAAGUGUAUCAAUCAAAUGUGUAGAAUUUGACAUUUUACGUCACCUAUCAGGAUUGUUUUUGCUAUGCUAAAAGUUUCUAUAACUAUAUAUAUGCAUCAUUGUUAGAAUGUCAAUUUUCCUUCUAUGGGCCACUAGUUGCCCCUAUAGGUUGUGAAUUUAGGAGUAUUUAUUUACAAACAAUGCAUUCAAUUUAUCGGUUUUUAAAACUGAGCUCCAAAGUUUUGUGCGGGAGAAAAAAAACAAAAACAAAGACCAACCUUUCUUACUUCUGUAAUUAGUGAAUGUUGUUCAUUAUUAAAGGGUUCCGAGCACAUUAGGGUUGUUUUUCUGUGUGGAACAUGGCGUUGGCAGGUACAAUGUGUCUACAUGCUGUGACAGCCUUCUUCGGUAAUUAACAUCACACAUUAAUUCAUUUCAACAACCCCAUUAUCUAUUAAUUCACAACAUCAUUCUCCCAUCUAUCGCAUUCCCUAUUGGGCCUCAAUCUAAAUAACAGCUUUCUCACGGCGCUGCCCUCGUGUAGCAAGGCGCGUCUCUACGAGAAACUUUACGACCUUCACAUAAUAAAAGAUGUAUUUUCUAUCUUGCUUUUUUUUGAUUCUAUGCACAUGUUGCUCCAAGAAUGUGUUCACCAUUUUCUUUGUGUCUGACGUUCGUUGUGAUGGAAAACGUCUUACACUUGAGUGCACUCGACAACAAACAAACAAACUGCAACGGAGCGCACACCCCAUUUGUCAGGCGAGUGGACUGAACGUGUGUAAAUGUUUUAAUACUUGCGUGUGGAUAUUAAUGGAAACAAAUAAAUGUUUAUUGCCGAG